AUGAAUGGUGUCACCUCGCCCCCAUGGGGAAGCUUCCCAGCCGAGCAGUAUCUCAUCCGCAAAUGGAACCCUUCCUCCAACCUUUCACCGAAUGACCAGAUCCGCGAGCUUAUCAGGUCCUUCAUGACAAUGGACGAGAUUCCAGCCGAGUGGCGUGCAGGCAGGAACGGCACCAUCAGCCGCAUUCCCACGACCGAAGAGGUUCGCGAAAUUCUUCAGCCUUGGCGGCCGGACAAGAUCCGGAAGAUUGCGGACCAGCUUCUCCACGAAACCUGCGACAACUUGGUCGUCCUCCGGACGUGCUACGACAGCGAGGGCGGCGAUGAGAAAAUGCAGCAGCUGAUCACGCAGGAGGAAGAUGCCGACGGCAUGGGUUUUCUUCACGAAGAGCUUUGGUGGCGUUAUCUCGACGACCGAGAGCUUUUCGACUUUGGCGAUGAUUGGAGCAGGGUCUUUGAUCUGCUCCCGGAGCUCGUCGGCCACUCUGGACGACGAAGAAGCAUCGAACCCGCCAAGCUGGCCGAGGCCCGCGCAUCGGAGAAUCCCGAGGAUGAUAUACAGUACUUGGCACUGUCUGAUCGCCCGCUUCUAAUUGCCUCUAGAGACGUUCUUGAGUCGGACGACGAGCCAGAGUACGAGGUGGUGUUCCUCGACGGAUAUGGAAACCCGGUCCGAUACUCCAGUGUUGGACCGGAGGACAUGAUGUACCUGCGCAUGGCUCCCCAACGGGGAAUGCAGCUGUCUCAAUGGUGGGCAGAUGGCGAUGUUGCCGAGCCAUACGAGGCCGACGGCGAGAUGGGCCGGGUGCUUUAUCGAGCUGCCGAGACUUAG